AUGUCCAGUGCCUCACCCAUGACCCUCACGCCCCGUGCCUCACCGACCGACCUCAUGCUCCGUGCCUCACUGACCGGCCUCAUGCCCAGCACCUUACCCACUGAACUUAUGCCGAACACCUUACCCACUGAACUUAUGCCGAGCACCUUACCCACCGCCCUUAUGCCCAGUGCCUCACCCAUGGCCCUUAUGCCCAGUGCCUCACCCAUGGCAAUUAUUCCCAGUGCCUCACUUAUGGUCCUUAUGCCCAGUGCCUCACCCAUGGCCCUUAUGCCCAGUGCCUCACCCAUGGCCCUGAUGCCCAGCACCUUACUCACCGCCCUUAUGCCCAUAGUGCCUAACCCCUAG